AUGACUGAUUCAUUCAUUGUUAGUGCUCCUGGUAAAGUUAUAAUAUUCGGUGAACAUGCUGCUGUAUAUGGUAAACCUGCAAUUGCUUCGGCUUUAAGUUUGAGAUGUUUUUUAUUAGUUGAACCAUCAAAAGAUUCAAAAAUUAUACGAUUAAGAUUUCCAGAUAUUGACUUAGAUCAUUCUUGGAGCAUUGAAGAUAUACCCUGGGAUAAUAUUAAACCAUAUAUCAGAUAUAAUAAUGAUAAACCACAAGUUCCAUCUGAAUUAAUACCUGAAAUUGUUGAUAAAUUGUCUUUUUUAUUAGAAAAUUUUGAUAACAAGAUGCAUUAUUAUGCUUGUUUUUGUUUCUUAUAUUUAUAUUGUAAUUUAAGUAAUCAAGAUAUAAAAGGAAUGGAAUUUACUGUUAAAUCAACAUUACCAAUUGGCGCAGGAUUAGGUUCUUCAGCAUGUACUUCAGUUUGCUUAUCUACUGCAUUAUCUUUAUUAGGUAAUUGGAUUGAUAAACCUACAUUAUCACAACAUGAUAAAGUUUUAAAAAAAGAUAUACCUGAUUUAGAAUUUAUCGAUCAAUGGUCAUUAAUUGGAGAAAAAUGUUUCCAUGGUAAUCCAUCAGGAAUAGAUAAUGCUGUUGCAACUCAUGGUGGAGCAGUCAUGUUUCAAAGAAAUCAAACACCUGAUUUACCUUCGAUUAGAACAAAUAUGAGAAAUUUUCCACCUAUAAAAUUAUUACUUACAAAUACAAAAGUUCCAAAAAGUACUGCUGAUUUAGUUGGUGGAGUUGGAAAAUUAAAUAAAGAAUUUAAUCAAAUUACAUCACCGAUUUUUGAUUCAAUAGAAAACAUAUCAAAAGUAGCAUAUUCAGUAAUGCUCAACCCCAAUUUUGGCAAUGAAGAAACUGAAGUACUUCGUAAACUAUUUAAUAUAAAUCAUGGAUUAUUGGUAGCGCUAGGCGUUUCACAUCCAUCAUUAGAGAAGGUUAAAAUAAUUGGUGAUGAAUUUAAAAUAGGUGCUACUAAAUUAACAGGUGCUGGAGGUGGUGGAUGUGCUAUAACAUUAGUUAAUGAAGGAGUAGAAGAAGAAACAAUACAAAAAGCUAUUAAACAAUUUGAAGCAGAAGGUUAUGAAUGUUUUGAGACUUCCUUAGGGGGUAAAGGGGUAGGAGUAUUAUAUAAUCAUCCAGAAAUUUCAAAAUUUAACUUGUAUAAAGAAAGAUCAGAGGUUGAAAAGGUAUUAAGUUUAGAGUUUAUAGAUGAAUGGAAGUUUUGGUAA